UCGCAUAACUUUCAAUCUCCGAAGCGGGCUACCGAACUGGUUGUGCCUUUCUUUCUCGGAUGUCCAAACCGUUCUGUUAACAUCGUCCCGCGAAUCAAGUGCGAACCGAAGUUCCUAUUCCAAUCCCGUGUCGGAGAACACAUUUAAACCUGGCUCCGAAUAUCUGGAAACGCCUAUUCCCACCCCGAACCAGAAAACCUGUCUCAGUCAUCUCCCGAAUCGGGAUAGGCCCGCUUUCCAAUCCCGGAAUGGACAUAAACGUAUUCAAGUUUUGCUCGGGCCUCAAAGUCCUUGGCUACUUCAUGAUCCUCCUGGUCGCCGGAAUUAUUGCCGUCUCGUACUACGCCGUUGUAGUGCUCACCUGGGGCCCCCAGUUGCUUCGUGGUGGAGUCUACUCGUUUCUGGCCUUCUCCAUACUCAUACUAUUCCAUUUUCUGCUUAUGCUGUUAUCAUGGAGUUACUGUAUGGUAGUCUUUAGAGACCCGGGAUCUGUCCCUGAAAAUUGGAAACCUCUAGCAGAAGAGGAGAAUUUGGAGGCUGGUAGUUCUAUGCAAAUGUCUGAUAAUGUCGUGCCGGAGGCUUUAGCUUCUACAUGGUCUUCCUCGGAUCGACUGGAAAGGAAACAGACAGGCUAUUGUAGUCGAUGCCAAAAUGGCAAGCCACCACGUUGCCAUCAUUGCUCCAUUUGCCAAAGAUGUGUUCUAAAGAUGGAUCACCAUUGUGUUUGGGUGGUGAAUUGUGUUGGAGCCUGCAACUACAAGUUUUUUCUUCUUUUCUUGUUGUAUACUUUCCUGGAGACGACAUUGGAUACCUUAGUUUUGCUGCCUAGUUUUAUUGAAUUCUUUACUGAAGCCAAGAAUCAUUCCAGCUCUCCUGGCAGUCUUGCAAUAAUUUUUUUGGCUUUUGUUCUAAAUUUAGCGUUUGCACUGAGUCUACUUUGUUUCGUAAUUAUGCAUGCAUCUCUUGUGUCAAGCAAUACCACAUCAGUAGAGGUUUAUGAGAAGAAAAAAGCAGUUAGGUGGAGAUACGAUGUGGGCAAGAAGAGGAAUUUUGAGCAGGUUUUUGGCACAAAGAAGGCACUAUGGCUAUUACCCCUGUACUCAAAAGAUGAUUUAGACAACAUUCCUGCACUUCAGGGCCUCGAAUUCCCCACACGAUCAAAUGUUGAAGCUUGAGGCCUGGGUUUAUGUAAACAUAUUAGGACUAUUGGAUUUUAAUUGAGUGGUCAGCCUAACUGAAGGGAAAUUCUUGGGAUUUCCCAGUUUAAAGUGCAGUAAUACAGAUCCUUAAUAGAUUGGAUACCACUAGAGCAAGACGGGUUAGGGAAAUCAACUUUGAUUCACAAUAACGAAGUUUCUAUGGUUUAUUUUAUUUUUGCUCGACAUGUACAGCCAAGUUUACAUCAAAUUUCUGUGCAAUGCUAUAAUGCUUAAACAAAUAUCUGUACAAGUUGAAUAAGCUGUUAUUUCAUAUGCUAUGUUAGUGUUCAA